CUUUUCUUUUUUUUUUUUAACGUCAUGGCCAGCUCUAAAGUCGAUGACGCUGAAGCUCUCUGCCGUUCAGAAGAUCCUUAUCAUCCUUCCAAUCUUAUUCCUGAACUUUGCCGUUUAUUUUAUUCACUUGGAUGGGUAACUGGGACUGGAGGAGGGAUCAGUAUUCGCAAAGGGGAUCACGUUUAUAUUGCUCCAUCAGGUGUUCAAAAAGAACGUAUGCAACCUCAUGAUCUAUUCGUUCUUACACUUCAAGACCGCGUAUUACUUCGUCAACCUCCUGUCCUGAAACCAUCAGCAUGCACACCUCUUUUCUACAAUGCCUACACCAUGCGUGCAGCCGGUGCUUGUAUUCAUACCCAUUCCCAACAUGCUGUGAUGGCUACUUUGGUUUUCCCUGGCGACACAUUUGUCAUCUCUCACCAAGAAAUGAUCAAGGGUAUUCGACGAGGAUCCACAAAAACGAACCUCCGCUAUUUUGAUAAGUUGGUAGUGCCUAUUGUAGAAAAUACCCCUGAAGAAGAAGAUUUGACUGAACGAAUGGCCUUGGCUAUGGAAAAAUAUCCUGAAACAAAUGCUGUACUUGUUCGACGUCAUGGUGUAUAUGUAUGGGGUGAAUCUUGGGAAAAGGCAAAGACUAUGACUGAAUGUUAUGACUAUCUAUUUGAAAUCGCUGUCAAGAUGAAAUCCAUUGGUUUGGACACCUGUUUGGAUGAAUCUCAAUAGUUAAUAAUAGUGGUAGUAAUAGUUUGAUUUAGUAUAAUUUGUAGUUUAUAUUUCGUUUGAUUGAGAUAAUAAUAAAAAAAUAAAAAAAAAGAUGAUGAUUUUUAUUGAUAUUGAUUUGAACAAAUUGCUUUCAAGAUUUCAAAAAAAAA